UAACACAUACUUGCUAAUGAAUGGUUCAGGUUGCCCUAUUAUACUUCCAAGAGAAAGUGAGUCUGUGCUAAUGGGUGCUGCAAUUCUUGGUGCUGUUGCUGCAAAGAAAUAUGCCAGUCUUAGUGAGGCCAUGAGGGCACUGAAUAAAGCUGGUCAGGUUAUUCAUCCAUCAAAGGACCCAAAGGUGAAGAAGUAUCAUGAUGCCAAAUACCAUAUUUUCCGGCAGCUGUAUGAGCAGCAACUCUCUCAGCGUUCCAUCAUGGCCAAAGCUUUGGAGUAGAUUGUACCAUUUCUCAAAACUUGUG